UUAUGCUAUAUGUAGUCAUCACUGCUGAUUCCAACAUAUUAAUUUACAAAGGCUACGAUUUAUGCGAUUAUCAAACAAAUAUUUUAUGCUAUCGAAUGGUCUUGUCCUGGCAGACAUUUUUUAUGUUUGCGCAGGCAUUGCCGACUGCAUUCGCUUUUGAUUACAUUUUCGUCUCCUGCGUCACAUAUAUUUACAUUGGCAGUGAACAACUUGCAAAUGCUUUCAGACAACUAUUUUUAUUAGUUCAUCCGGAAAGUGAAGUUCUGAUGAAAUUAAGAAGGGAAAACUUGAAGGAAAUAGUUGAUCAACAUAAUAUGAUCAUGAAUUUUGUCAAAGAAGUAAACAGUUUAACUUGUAUUAUUCUUUUGGCUCAAUUCUGUUGCUCAUUGGGGUCGAUGACGUUUUGCCUCUACAUGUCAACCGUUGACGGAAUUCCACCUGAUAAUGAACACUUGCAUUAUAUAAUGCUUUACAUGUCAAUUGUUACGGAAUUGCUUCUUUUCAGCGUUGGUGGAACAAUAACUCACGAUAAAUUGCAAAGUAUAGCAAAAGAUGCGUUUGAAGUCGACUGGUACUUAACAGGACAAUCACAACUACGCCGGGAUCUUUGUUUUAUCAUGCAACGAUCACAGAAUAUAAAAACAUUCCGCGUUGGAAACAUGUCAGAUUUAAAUUUGAUUUUAUUCGUCACAGUUGUUAAAUCUUCAGUUUCUAUGUACACUUUAAUCAAUCAAUUAUCUCAAUAAAUAUUAUACGAUCUGACACGUUCGUAAAUCGAU